CACAGAGAGAAUAGGAACAGAGGUAGACAGGUUCUAGAGCUCUACAGCCUCUUGUCGGCUUGUGCCAAGUCACAGAGCUGGGAAGAGGCAAAACUGCAGAGCUUGGCUGCCCUUCCAACCCUGCCCUCCACUUUGUAGUUAUAGCUCACAUAUCUGAGGGUUUAACAUGGGCCCCUUCUACUCACUUUACUUCUGUUACUUUACUUAAGCCUCCCCACUUUGCAAGUCAGAAAACUGAAGCAUAGAGGUAAAGUGACUUGCCCGUGGUGACAAAGGGAGUGGCAGAGAAAGGAUUUAAACCCAGGCAGUCUGGACCUCAAGCCCAUAGCCCCCACUAACAGCCUGUCCUCUUGGGUACUCCCCCCGCCAUAGAGUUUUCCAUUGUUCUCCCUGGUGUCCAGAGUCAUGGAUAAGUUUCCGUCCGUGCAAAGUCUAAGGAGUUUCCGGUCACUGCUGCCUUUCUGUUGACUUUGCUGAACUGUUUGCUGUAUGGGGACAGAAGCUGCCCGCUGUGCUCCUUGUGCAGACCUUUCAUGGACCUAGUAUCCCAGCAGAAAACUCCGUCACAGACUGAAAAUGAAGACAUCUGGGCUGCCGGCUUGGAGGGCCUCAGCAGAGCUGAUUCUUCUCUGUGCUGCUCUGGGUUCUCUCGGUUUGCCUGGCUCCAGAGGUGAAAGGCCACACUCUCUUGAGUCGAACGCAGUCAAUGUGAGCCUUGCCAAGAGCAGACAGACGCGGAGUGUGGGUGUUAUGCCAAUGCCUGUUGAUUGUGAAAUGUCCAGCUGGUCCUCCUGGACCUCGUGUGAUCCCUGUCAGAAGAAAAGGUACAGACAUGCCUACUUGCUCCGGCCCUCUCAGUUCUAUGGGGAACCGUGUAACUUCUCUGACAAGGAAGUUGAAGACUGUGUUACCAGCAGACCAUGCAGAAGUCAAGUGCGAUGUGAAGGCUUUGUGUGUGCACAGACAGGGAGGUGUGUAAACCGCAGACUUCUCUGCAACGGGGACAAUGACUGUGGAGACCAGUCCGACGAAGCGAACUGUAGGAGGAUUUAUAAAAAAUGUCAGCAUGAAAUGGACCAAUACUGGGCAAUUGGCCGUCUGGCCAGUGGGAUAAAUCUGUUCACCAACAGUUUUGAGGGCCCGGUGCUCGAUCACAGGUAUUACGCCGGGGCAUGCUCCCCCCAUUACAUACUGAACACGAGAUUUAGGAAGCCCUACAAUGUGGACAGCUACACCCCACAGACCCAAGGCAAAUACGAAUUUGCGCUGACAGAAUACGAAUCGUACUCGGAUUUCGAACAUAACAUCACAGAGACAAGGACAAGCCUGUCUAGUUUCAGCUUUGGUUUUAAAAUACCUGGAAUUGUUGAACUUGGUUUCAACACGGCAAGUGGUAAUAGCAAACAUUUUAUUAGCAGAACCAAACGAUUCUCUCACACUGUAAGUACAAUUUCUGUGUAUCCAUUUGAAUUUUCAUGUCCAGAUGUGUCUAUAUUCCCCAUUACUACCAGGCCUAGCAACCAGUUAUAUUUCUGUUGUCUUGAAAAUCUUCUUACAAAAAAGCAGCAUGGUCUUAGUUCUGCUCCCCAGGCAGAGCCUCUGUAUGAACUAGUGACGGCCACGGACUUUGCCUACUCCAGCACAAUAAGGCAGAACAUGAAGCGGGCUCUGGAGGAGUUCCAGAAGGAAGUCAGCCCCUGCCACUGUGCUCCCUGUCAAGGGAAUGGAGUCCCUGUCCUGAAAGAAUCACGCUGUGACUGCAUCUGUCCUAUUGGAUUCCAGGGAACAGCCUGCGAGGUCACCCACGAGAAAAAUGUCCCCAUUGAUGGGAGGUGGAGUUGCUGGUCAGACUGGUCUCCGUGUUCUGGAGGACAUAAAACAAGACAAAGACAGUGCAAAAAUCCACCUCCUCAAAAUGGAGGCAGUCCCUGCUUGGGCCCUGCUUCAGAAACACUUAAUUGCUAAGGAAGAAGUGCUCCUAGUAGAUACUGCUGUGGGCUACACACCGCAAGAGCUCUGAGCCCUUAGGAGCUAAGGCCCAGUUACCGCAUACCAGCUCCCACCUGGGGCCAGCCCGAGGGUAGAGGGCUGUGCCAUUCAGGGUGUUUGAAAUAAAGAUGUUAUUUGCAAAAUGCA